AUGAAACUCUCUAAAAGACCCUUCUAUAUCUUGCUAGUGAAUUCUGGAUUAGUCUCUUUGCGUUUCUGGUUCUCGAUGGUCUUUUUUAUGCUCAUUUUACAAGUUUUCUAUGGAAAUAUGGACCAAAAGGAUGAUGGAGGAGACUUUAGUUGUGCAUCAUUUGUAUGUUUGGAUGAGGAUGCUUGGAUUAGGAGUACGUAG